CCCCUUUCACUCACUGUUCCAUCCAAACCUCUUCAAUUCCCUCCCCCUCAACAUCCAACAUGGCCUCAGCAUGGACCGAGCAUCAGAACAAGCUCUUUGAGCGCGCUCUAGCAGUCUUCGACAAGGACACCCCCGACCGGUGGCACAACGUGGCCCGAGCAGUCGGCGGGGGCAAGACUGCCGAGGAGGUCAAGUCCCACUACGACCUCCUAAUCGAGGACCUCAAAAGCAUUGAGUCCGGCCGCGUCCCUUUCCCCAACUACAAGUAGCUAGCCGUCCAACACCUACAGGGUGAGCAAGUAUAUGGCCUUGGAGUGGAGAUUUCACUUAUUCAGUAUCAACUAUUAUGAAGUAGAUGGGCCAAUGCUAUGUAUCAAUGACAACUUUUAUAAUGAAUGAGUAAUGUUAUAGUA